AUGAAUCCCAAAAUUUCGGACUUUGGCCUUGCUCCCAGAUUAUGGGGAGACCAAGUAGAUGCUAACACUAACAAGAUUGCCGGGACAUAUGGAUACGUGCCUCCUGAUUAUGCUGUACACGGACAUUUCUCAAUGAAAUCCGAUGUCUUUAGUUUUGGUGUCAUGGUGUUAGAAAUAAUACCAGUUGAUAGGCCUGAUAUGUCAGCUGUGGUUCUAAGGCUGAAUGGUGAAAAAUCGUUGCCACAACCAAAGGCACUUGGUUUUUACAAUGGAAGGGACAAAGCAGAUUUGUAUGGACCAUUUUCUAACAAUUAUGUUUCCCUUACAGUUUUUGAGCCAAGAUAA